AUGCAACGUGGUGCAUUAUUGGUUCUUGAAGGAUGUGAUAGAGUUGGAAAAUCAACUCAGGCAAAACAGCUAGUUGCUGCACUUAAUAAACUUGGAAUCAAAGCAGAGUCACGAAGUUUUCCAGAUAGAAGUACUCAUAUUGGUUCAAUCAUCAAUGAAUUUUUAUCAAAUAAAAAUGAUAUAAGGAUUGAAGCAGCUCAUUUAUUAUUCUCAGCAAAUCGAUGGGAAUGUAGUAAUAAAAUGAAAAAAACUCUGGAAAGUGGAACAACAUUAGUUGUUGAUAGAUAUGCUGCUUCAGGAGCAGCAUAUACAUCAGCAGUUACUGGUCGUAAUCUUGAUUGGUGUAAAGAAGCUGAUCGUGGUCUUCCAGCUCCAGAUUUUGUUGCACUUUUUACAAUUGACGUUGAAACAUUAAGUGCGCGUUCUGGUUGGGCAAAUGAACGAUAUGAAAAAUUGGAAAUUCAAAAAAAAGUAGCUAAUAAUUUUUUAAAAUUAAAAGAUGAUACAUGUGUUAAAAAUAAACCUAUCAAAGAGCUUUAUUCAACAGAAUAA